AUGGCGAACCACGACAAAGGACGCAGAAAGUGGGGAGAGAUUUCACAAGAUAAUUCAUCUGAUUUGAAAUUUGAACGAGACAGAUUAGCUGCAAUGAGAGGGGGAGCAAAUAAAGCACCACCUCGAGCACUUUAUAGGCCUGGAAGUGGACCUUUGAGAAAGUCUGGAAGAUCAGAAGAUUAUGAUCAUGAAAAUAACUGUCAAGAAAGACCAAGAAUGUCUUCUAUUCAAGAUCGAUUAAAGCAGUCACAAUUCAGUCACCAAAAUCAAUUACAGAAUAGUUCUAGAUCUCAUCAAAUUGAUAGUAUAAAUGACAAAUUAUCCGAAAUGCAUGUAAACUGUAGAAAUAAUAUUGAUAAUUACGGUCAGAGUACUUCAAAAAACAAUCAUGUAUCGAUAAACGAUCCUAGGAAAAAAAAUAAAAAGCCAGAGCAACAAUUAUAUAUACCUAAGAAAGUGAAAGAAGCAAUGGCAGAAGAAGAUACAACCAAUAGAGCUUUGUUGCAAAAUAAUUGGGAAAAAGACAGAGCAAGAUCUGAAAGUAGAGAUUGGGAUACGCAGCCUAAUCGUAAUCAACGAAACGAUAGCUUUCUUGGUAGAACCAAUCCUAGUAAUUUUGGUGGAAAUCACAAUGAUAAUGGUAGUCGAAAUAGAGUUGAUCAUUCCAAACGUUUUAUGGGAAAUCGCAGAAAUCGUAAUACUUCUGAAAAUGAUGAACGUAGACGACCAGAGUCACCCUCAUUGAAUAGAAAUUUCAGUAAUCGCAGAGAUAAUUUACGAGAUAUUAGACAAGGUUCUGAUCCACUUUUUAUAACACCAAAAAAUACUAAUGAUAGUAGAACUCGAGAUACACGAAAUAACGAGUCGUUUGGAUAUUCGGAUAAAUUUCAAGGAAAACCUCCAUCUGGAAAACGUGGUGGUAAGGAAAUUACCAUGACAAAAAUGUUAAAUGUAGAAACUUUACCACCACGUUUAAAAGUCAAAUACUUACAAGAACAUGGAUUAGUUUCGUCACAAAAUAGUGCUGCCGGUACAACUUCGGAAGAUAAUCGUGACAAUAAUACGGUUACAUUGCCAGUUUCAACAUCUUGUUAUUCAUCUACUGUCCAGCAUUCACGAACUAUGCAGAAUUUACAACCAGGUUGUCCUUUAUCCCCUCAAACAGUUUUUUCAAAUGCAUUUCCAGCAAGAAGUAUAUUAAGAGGUAGAAACAGAUCAGAAGAAUCAGAAACACCUUCUGUUUUUAGGCCUGUUACACCUGAUCAGUAUUCUGCACCAAGUUCAAGAUCGCAUACACCCAGUCAAGAAUAUACGAACAGACCCUAUGAUCGCCGUGGAAGUAGUAGUACUAUGUAUACAAGUAUGGAAAGUUUAAGCCGUAUUGAUAGUAUGUUGAUGCCUCCACCAGCUUCAUCACCAGGGUCUUAUCGUUCCAGUACUAACAGAUGUCAAUCACCCGCUGAGAGUCGUAGACGAGAAUCGAUGCCUCCAUUUAAUUCACAACGAUUACAUCAUCAAACACAAAAAGUUAAUAACAAUUUAUGUGAAUCUAGUUCUGAACUAGAGAAGCCCAAAUCUCGACAUACAUCAAAUAUAAGUCCAGUAAAAAGUAUAUCGUGUAGUCCUGUGCCUGAUAACGAGUCCGAGGUUACUUUGGAUUGGUGCGAAGAAGUAGAAUUAAGUGAGAAAUUAGAAGCGGAGCAAAUAAGUCGUAGUUCUUCGGUGAUGAGUUUACGUGAAAAUGUAACUGUUCCAAUUAAUCAGCCAGUAGUUGGAAAAAGCAGUAAACGUAAGAGUUCGAAAAAAAAGAAAUCAAAACGCAGUGGCAGAGACAAGAGUAAAGAGAAAAUUGAAGGAAGUAGCAGGGAGCGUCAAAACAAUCAACACAAUCGAGAAAAUGAUAAUUAUAAUAACAAUCAGAAAAAUAGUAUUAGCAGCAGUAGCAAGCGGUAUGAUAGUAGAAGACGGAACGUUUCUCAUCGAAGUCGAGAAUCGAGUAAAGAUAGAAAUUUCCGCGGAGGCAGUCGUGGCGAUGAGUUUUAUAGAAAUAGGGCAUCUAUAAAUAUAGAAGAAAAUUGGAGAACUGGCAGAACGUCGAUUUGUGAAUCGGACGAUGGACGUCGAACUCCGUUAUCGCAUUCCACAUCAGUAACUAAUUCUGGUCCUAGUUCUAUUAAUCGUCAAUCGCCUACAAUUUGUACAAACUCUCAGCCACCAGGCGUUCUAGUUUUACCAGAUCAAAAUCAACUAUCGUCUAAUAUUACACCUUCUAGACAACCACAAUUAACACAACAACAAAAAAGAACAUUAUUUGAUCCUAAUAAUCCAAAUAAACCGAUAGUAAUAACUUCACCAGGAAGUAGAAUUACUUCUCAAUACAGAGAUAAUGAAGUUCCCGUCCAAACCAUUAGUGCUCCUGUAUUCCAAUCUCACUCUGGAAUACAACCAAUUAUUCAUCAUGAUUUUCAAAAUUCACUCAUAGAUAAUAUAUCUAUGCCACAAGCCACAGAUCAAUUCGGCGGUGCAAAACCAUCAUGGUAUAAUCCAUAUUCUGAGAGUUUCCGAUCAACAAAAAAUCCUUAUUUACUUUUGGAUAUUUCAUUAGCCGAUUCAAAAUUACAACACAUUCUUAAUUCUAGUAGUAUAACAGUUAGUUGGGAUGUAAUAUCUCAAAUACGCAGCUAUCAUCAACAAUGUUUGCAAACUUUACUGAUAACUGAUCUUAAAUUUUGUCAGACUGAAAAUGUAGAGCAACAUUUUUGGAAGAUUAUGUUUUAUAAUAUCAUAGAAAUUUUAAGAAAGCCCAUUCCUAAAGAAGAUGCUGAACUUCGAGAGCAAUAUAAAAAUCUUUUAUUAAAAAUUGUUGACGAAGGAACAGCAUAUUUCGCGAAUUUACUCACAGUUUUGGAGACUAGUUACAAUUUUAAAAUAGACACAUUUUUAACAUCUGCUGUUCCACCGAAAGGUCUUGGAAUAUUAGGAUUAGCUUUAGUUAGUGUUCAAAAAAUUUUUUUAUUUUUGGGUGAUUUAGCGAGGUAUAAAGAAUUGGCUAAUGAAUCUGUAAAUUAUGGCAAGUCAAGACAAUGGUAUUUAAAAGCACAACAAAUCAAUCCAAAAAAUGGAAGGCCCUACAGCCAAUUAGCUUUAUUAGCAACUUAUGCAAGAAGAAAAUUAGAUGCCGUUUAUUAUUACAUGCGAUCUCUAAUGGCUUCUAAUCCUUUCCCAUCUGCUCGUGAAAGUCUAAUAACUAUGUUUGACGAAAAUAGAAAAAAGUAUCUACACUAUUAUGAAUCUACGGAGCGUAAACGUAAAGAGGAAAGAAAAUUAAAAGAAAGAGAAAGAAUGAAGGAAAAGGAAGGUGCCAACCUCGGUGGCGGUCUACGAAGAGAGAUUUGGAUUCAUCCUGGCGGAAAGCGAAUGAGACGAACGACAUCGGCUACUACCACAAGUGAGUCAAGAUUAGGCGACAGCGAUCUUGAGGACCUUUCGCUGUUAACAAGUGUCGAGUUGAACAAGAGAUUCGUCACAUCAUAUCUUCAUGUUCAUGGUAAAUUGAUAACGAGAAUUGGUAUGGAAACAUUUCAAGAAGCUGCGAUUCAAAUGCUUCGAGAAUUUCGUAUGCUUUUACAUCAUUCGCCUCUUCCGCUUCCGGGGAUGCGGCUUCUUCAGCUAUUAGCCCUGAAUAUGUUUGCGAUUGAAACGACACAACUUAAAGAUUCACAGAUGGAGCAAGGUUAUAGGUCGGAGGUUCAGGAACGAGCCCUUGUCGUUUCCCUGCAGAUGUUCAACCUGAUACUGGAACGCGGUGUCUGCCUACUCAAAACGCAGUUGGAGAGCGACGAACGCCCGAGGCUUGUCGUAAGCGAGGACAUGCAAAUACUCCUACCCGCUAUCAAGAUUUGGUGCGAUUGGAUGCUUUGUCAUAGUACGGUCUGGAAUCCACCACCUUCUUGUACAGAUUACAGAGUCGGCCCUCCAGGGGAUGCGUGGAACAGGCUUGCAACGAUGGUGAAUCUCCUUGAAAAAUUAGAGUACUCGCGGAAUCUCUUGAUUCAGUCAAAAGAUGCCGAGGGGCGGGAAGAUGAAUUAAAGGACGUGAAACUGCCGGAGGACACAACACUUUCUGGAUUCACACCACUCAUGUCGAAUCCACACGAUCCCUUUUACGCUGACAAGAAAGAAGAUAUGGAAGUAGUUCAAGUCUGCCUGAGGAUAUAUAAGAUUCUUUUCUUCGGUCAAGUAUUCCUCUGUGGCUUAGAGACACCGGUGCUGAAAUUGCAAAAGUGUGAUACCGGUGUUAGCGAAUAUGUUUCCGUCGUCGAAGCUUCAAACACAAGUGCCCCAGGAUCUCCCCCAGAACAGAGCGACUCGGAGUUAAUGGUUGAAAGCUAUAGCGAAGAUGAGGAUGAAUCAGUUUUAACUUCACCGAGGCUGUCCAUCGGAGAUACUGGAUAUGACAGUGUAACAUCGUCGACGACAGCUCCUGUUGGCGAAAUUAGAUCACUCAUCGAGCGAAAAGAGGAGUUGGAAAAACGACAAAGAAAGCAAGAUAGACAUCGGCAACGAGUUCAGGCAAUUUUACAAAAAUCUUCAUUGUCAGUUGAAAUUGAAGUGAGGCCGAAACAAUUAGUACCAGAUACGAACUGCUUUAUCGAUUACCUGCCACAACUACAAAGCAUUGUCAAAGCUACUUCUGUUGCUCAACCAAUUUAUAAUCUGAUGGUGCCACUUGUCGUAUUAAACGAAUUGGAGGGUCUGUCAAGAGGAUCGGCUGAUUUGAGGGACAGCGGUCCGACGUCGAGGGCCGCUUUGAAUCCCGAACACGUAGCGCGAGUGGCUGAAAACGCAAAGGCCGGUCUCGCCUUCGCCAGGAGCAGAAAUCCAGCGAUAAGAUGCCUAACCACCCGAGGAACGAUUCUCCCUUCUAGCUCGUUUACAGUAGAAGAAGAUGUCUGUCAGGAUUGUUUAACAAGGAAUGACGAUCGAAUCCUUGCCACGUGCCUGAGUCUAUGCAAAUCAAACAAGGAUCAAGUUAGUUCCGAGGAGGGCCAGCCGCGACGGGUCAAGCGAGAUGUGGUGCUGCUGACGGAGGACCGGAAUCUGCGAGUCAAGGCCCUGGCGAGGGACGUGCCGGUACGCGAGGUCUUGGACUUCAUCCAAUGGGCCGGCCUCGGUUGAGUCCCGACCCCUUGGCACGGUCCGAAAGCACGAAUCGUCACUUGGCGGCGACCGGACGCGCACCUCACAGCGACAGCGAGGACGAGCAGGACGAGGAACGAGGAUGCCGACGCCGAAGAGUCGUGGAGCGAGUAGCACGACAAGGAGGGUAGCGAGCCAAUGCCAAAGGAUGUCGCGCGUGCGCCCCGAGGGCUGCGAGCAACUUUUGGCGAACCUUCGAUACGCCCAAAUUGUGCAAAAUAACGUCUCGAUGCCUCGGAAUGUUUAUUUCUCUUAUUGUCCCGCGCGUGUGCGUCGUCCCCCAUCUUUCAAUAAUUUUACCUGAUCUGCAUCUUCAUCGAUUGCUGUUUUUUUUUAAAUGAUUUAUUUAUUACGCUCUUUUUCCAACUUUCUUUUUGUAAAUCGGUGACUUCACGCCACCGAGGCCUUUGAUUUUUUUUUUACUUUUUUUUUACUUUU